UCAUCGCGAUUGUGUGCAACUAGACAGAAAAAGUGUUAAAUCUUGGCGCAAAAAAUUCGCUCAAGUUCAGCGUCAUGCACGCAUGUGAUGAUUGCACGGAUAAAACUCCGAAAAGUCGUAAAAUGAUUUUUUAUUACCACCCGGGUCAUCGAUUCAAAUUACUAUCUCUACUACUACUAUAAGAUGAAAACGCAUCUUGGAUUUUGAUUUAUUUCGUGUCUCUAACUUUACUCGAGAGUGCUAAAUACAUUUUUUUCAUUUUUUUCAUUUUUUGUGUUUUUUAUUAUUAGUUAAUGGAGAUUAGUGAUUGUCAGACAUUACUCUGGACUGCUUCAUUCUGCCGAUUGUUAUUAUAUAAAAGUUCGUGGCACUUUUUAAGAUAACGUUGAUUUUGGUGCAAAAUUUGUGAAUUUAAAAGAAUGGCACUGGAAUUUUUCGCUGGGAGUCUUGGAGGAUGCGCUGGUGUGCUAAUUGGACAUCCAUUCGACACGAUAAAAGUACAAAUACAGAAUUCUACUUCGAAAUAUUCAAAUUCACGUGAUUGUAUACGCAAGUUAUACACACGCGAAGGCAUCCAGUUUUUCCGUGGAAUGACAAGUCCAUUAGCUGCAGUUGCUGGAAUCAACGCAAUCGUUUUCAGUAUCUACGGACAAACACAGAAAUGUUUCAAUGAUCCAAACGCAUAUAAAACACAUUUAUCCGGUGCUUGUGCUGGUUUCUUUCAAAGUGUGAUUGCGUCACCGAUGGAAUUGGCAAAGGUGCGAGUACAAGUUCACAACACAGUUGGUCCUUUGGAAUGUAUACGUCAUAUUUAUCACUCAGAAGGAGUGAAUGGUGUUUUCCGUGGGUUGACAAUGACAGUACUUCGAGAUGUGCCAAGUUUUGCUUUGUAUUUCCUAACCUAUGAAUACCUAGCGCGUGAACAAGAUGGCCGCCAUGCUGGUACGUCGCAGUUGUUAAUGGCGGGUGGAUUAGCGGGUGUUGUCAGCUGGACGUUAACCUAUCCAUUGGAUAUGAUCAAAACACGCAUGCAGUGUGAUGGAAUCAAUGGAGUUAGUCGAUAUGUGAAUGCGUGGGAUUGUUACAAGAAGAGUAUUGCACAAAAUGGACAUCGAGUAUUGUUUCGUGGUUUAACACCUACUUUAGUCAGAGCUUUUCCGGUGAAUGCAGUGGUUUUCACUGUAGUCACGUGGACUUUACGAGUUUUAGAGAAUGGGUUUAAGUUUGAUUUUAUUGUUAUGCCACAACUGGCUGUAGCGUAAAAUAAAAAUAAAUUUAUGCAUGAAAGUGCAAGAUCUGCAAGUGUAAUUUAUGUAAAUUGUUUAGUUAUUUAAUAAAUUAUGUUUAUUUGUCAUUA